AUGAUCCCCAAUCGUCGAUUCAGUGAACAACAACAACAAUCCGAUAGUCGCUUCAUGUUUGCUCAGUUUGACGACGUCGUCGGCCAGAUCUAUCCCCUAUGCAAGGACCAAUAUGGUUGUCGGUUUUUCCAACGCAAGUUGGAAGAACGCCAAGAAGCUCAACGAGACGUCAUCUUUAAAGAAGUGUUUCCCCACUUUGUAGAACUCAUGACAGACCCCUUUGGCAACUACCUCUGUCAGAAAUUGCUGGAAUACUGUACCGACACUCAGCGUACUAUGAUUGUUGAACAAGUUGCCAAAGACAUGGUUUCCAUCUCUCUCAAUAUGCAUGGUACGCGAGCCAUGCAAAAACUCAUCGAAUUCCUCACUUUGCCACAGCAGAUUACUCUGGUGGUGGGUGCUCUGACACCUCAUGUGGUGACAUUGAUCAAAGAUUUGAAUGGCAACCAUGUCAUCCAACGAUGCUUGCAUCGAUUAUCCACGGAUGAUAAGCAGUUUAUCUAUGAUGCUGUCAGCCAAUUUUGUGUAGAAGUGGCGACGCAUCGUCACGGUUGCUGUGUUUUGCAGCGAUGUAUCGAUUUCUCAGCCGAUCACCAAAAGACUCAAUUGGUAGUGGAGGUGAUCCGUCAUGGUUUGACCCUGGUGUUGGAUCCGUAUGGUAACUAUGUGGUUCAGUACGUCCUGGAUCUCGGCGAUGCCAUGUUUUCCGACCGGUUGAUCCGACAGUUUAUCGGUCAUGUGGCCGCUCUGUCGGUGCAAAAGUUCAGCUCAAAUGUAAUUGAAAAGUGCAUCCGCGUCGCCGAAACUGAUACACGAAGGCAUCUGAUUGAAGAACUGGUGGAUAAACCCCGCCUAGAGAAACUCUUGCACGAUUCAUACGCGAAUUAUGUGGUACAAACGGCCUUGGACUAUGCCGAACCGUCGCAGCGAGAAAAGCUCGUUGAAUGUAUUCGUCCCAUCCUUCCGUCGGUCCGUCACACUCCCUACGGAAAACGGAUUCACAGCAAAAUCAAUCGGGAUCAACAACAAUUACAGCAGCAUCAGUCGCAACCUUCGCAAACCCAACCGGCCGCGCCAAUGCAACCAUCCCAAUCGUAUCAACCGCCACCGUCCCCUCAAGCCCCGGAACGACAACGUAUGCCACAGAGAGCCAUGACCAUGAAUACACUGUCGGCCCCUCUAUCGAGCACCAGCAAAGUAUUUGCAGGCUAUGAUGUGCAUCCGCUCAUCGGCGGCGAUUUCUCGAUACCCACUGUACCGUCUUUCCAAUCGAGUGCGUUUACCGCUUUUCAAAACCAUUAA